AUGGCACUCCAAAAUUACAUAGUAUCAUUCACCCAUCACUCAGAGUAUAUCGCGAAAAACCUUUCGUUAACCUCUCUCCUUUCCACUCUCGCUGUCGCCUACUUAAUUUACCAGGUCCUUCACGCAGCAUGGAAUAUUUCAGCUUUCCACCCCUUGGGCCAUAUACCCGGACCGAGGCUGGCAGCUGCAACGUACCUCCCCGAAUUCUACUACGACGUCAUAAAGUUCGGCCAGUACACGAAGAAAAUCCAACAAUUUCAUGAAACUUACGGCCCGAUUGUGCGCAUUAGUCCCAAUGAGGUCCACUGCAAUGACGUUCGUUUUGCGGACGAAAUAUACCCUCUAGGUGGCCGAAAGCGUGACAAGCCUCUCCACCAAGUUAGGGGCAGUGGGGCAAUGGCCAAUGCAAUAUUUUCAACCGUUGACCACGAUAUCCACCGGGUUCGACGCACUGCCAUAGCCAAAUUCUUCUCGCGCGGCCAGGUUUCACGACUCGAACCGAAAAUCCACAAGCUCGCCCAACGUCUCUGUGACAAGAUUCUAGACCAAGGGAAAGAUCCAUUGGAUAUCCCGUCAGCCUACAGCUGUUUUAGCACAGAUGUCAUUUCCGACUACUGCUUCGGUGAAAGCUAUGGUUUUCUGGAUCAGAAAUCCUGGGAACCUAAUUUCCGGAAGCCUAUCUUUUCGCUCUUCACUCCCGUUUUCGCCUUUCGCUUCUUUCCCUUUCUUGAGCCUUUGGCGAUUGCGGCUUCUAGUAUUUCCAAGCAUCUGUCCGAGGACAUGGGGCUAUUAAUACAAACACUCACCGUCGAUAUGCCAGAAAGCAUUAAGAAAACAAGGACAGAUCUCGAUGCAGGAAUCACAAAAAAGGAGCAUACGGUGUUUGGCUCACUACUUGAGUCAGACUUACCCGCAGAGGAGAAAUCAGUACAACGCUUGACGGACGAAGCUGCAUCUCUGAUUGCUGCUGGCACGGAGACCGUUGGGUGGGCCUUAGCAGUCACUACAUAUUAUUUGCUCUCUAAUCCCGAAAAGCUCCAACGUCUGAGGAAGGAAAUCAGUGAAGUCGUGGAUGCUUCGGGGCAACUACCCUCUUGGACGACGCUGGAGAAGCUCCCAUACCUGGGUGCCGUUAUCUAUGAGGGCCUCCGAUUAUCGUACGGCGUUUCCGCACGCACUGCACGUGUCGCAACUGAAGAGGACUUGGUGUAUCAGGGCGAGUGGACCGCUAAAGGCAGCAAAGGACCAACCACGGUCAGAUACAGGAUACCGCGGGGUUUUGCGAUCGGCAUGUCUUCUAUGAUCAUGCAUCAUAAUGAGAGCGUUUUCCCGGAAUCGCACACAUUUAUCCCUGAACGAUGGUUGGAUGAUCAGAUGCAGCGGAACAAGGAGCUAGAACGCUCUAUAUUCAACUUUUCCAAAGGUUCUCGGGCUUGUGUCGGUAUAAACCUUGCUUUCUGCGAGUUGCAUGUUGUUCUUGCAGCUUUGACCAUGCGAGUGUUCCCGCAUAUGCGGCUGUACGAGACUACGGAAGACGAUGUCAGAUAUGAUCAUGAUUUAUUUAAUCCCCUUCCUAAAGCCAGCAGUAAGGGUAUAAGAGCUGUGAUUGUAUAG